AUGGUCAUCAGCGUGGAGAUCCACAACUGCAUCGUUCGGAAGACAUUGGUCGAUCAAGGAAGUUCGGCCGAUAUCCUCUACUGGAAUACCUUCAAGCAACUCGGCAUCCCGGAAGCCGAACUGAUCCCAUACAAUGAGCCGCUGGUUGGAUUUUCUGGUGAGCGUGUACAAACGAAAGGAUACAUCAAGUUAUCCACUCGUUUUUGUUCCGAUGGACCCGAAGUCAAAGACAUCCCGAUCAAGUACGUGGUUGUGCAUGCUAACACGUCAUAUAACAUUCUUCUUGGAAGACCGUCCCUCAACAGGUUAGGUGCGAUUGUGUCAACCCCGCACUUAGCCAUGAAAUUUCCUUCUGAAUCAGGCCGAAUCAUCACAGUACAUGCAGAUCAGAAAGCGGCCAGGGAAUGUUAUUUCGCUAGUCUCCGGUUGCCCCGCCUCGGAGCAACCGAGCCGAGUCGAGAGAAACGCGUGCAUUCGGUAGCCCAAGACCUCGAAACGGUUGUAGACUUCGACCCUCGAAUGGAGCAAGAUGAGAGGGUCGAGCCGAUUGAAGAUCGGUACCCACUGAUUAUCGGGCCGACCAACCAGCAUGUCACCUACCUAGGUUCCAACCUGUCCGAGACCGAAAGGCGUGAAAUCGAAAAUGUGGUAAAGAAAAACAAAGACCUCUUUGCAUGGAGGCCGGCCGACAUGCCCGGGAUUGACCCUACCUUCUUAUGCCAUCGACUCUCAGUGUGCCGGGAGGCCAAACCGGUCGCCCAACGUAAGAGAAAAAUGGGGGAAGAAAGGAAAAAGGCGGUUGAAGCCGAAACGUCUAAGCUCCUUGAAGCAGGUUUCAUUCGAGAAAUCCAAUACACAACAUGGCUGGCCAACGUUGUCAUGGUCAAGAAGUCGAAUGGCAAAUGGCGAAUGUGUACUGAUUACACAGAUUUGAACAAAGCCUGCCCCAAGGAUGCUUAUCCGUUGCUAAACGUAGACCGAUUGGUGGAUGGUGCGGCUGGUCAUAAGUUCCUAACAUUCCUCGAUGCAUACUCGAGCUAUAAUCAAAUUCGAAUGUACCCCCGAGACGAAGACAAAACGACAUUUGUUACAGAAUCUGCCAAUUACUGCUACCAAGUAAUGCCAUUCGGCCUGAAGAAUGCUGGGGCCAUAUAUCAAAGGCUCAUGGACAAGAUCUUCGGCAAUCAAAUCGGGAGAAUUAUGGAAGUUUACGUGGAUGAUAUGGUUGUCAAAUUGGCUGACACACUUGCCCAUGUAACCGAUCUCGCCGAAGUCUUCCGGGCCCUUCGGAAACAUUAG